UCCUUUUCUUUUUGACAGUCUGUGUUUUUGUUGCCCUUCAGAUUUGGUUGAUUGUUUUCCUCCAAAUUUCUUGAUUUCCCAGAUCCAGUUCCCUUAAACAAACUUGGUUUCAGCUUAAAUGCUUUAAUUAGCAUUGAAGUUUGAUUCUUUUUGAAGUUAGGGUUUGAAGCGAAAUAGAAAAUAGUUCAAAAAUUGGAUUUUUUUUUUUUUUUUGUUUAGAUUUGACAAUUUGGUUCUGGUUAUUUGGUUGGUGGCAUAUUUCUAGGUUUUGGUGAUAUGGGUAUUGAAGAUUUUAGUUUGAAGAAUAUUUUGGUCGCAUUCUUGUAACUUCUGGUGAUCUGGGUAUUGAAGAUUUUAGUUGAAUUUUGGUUUAAAGAAUUGAGUUGCGGCAGUUUUGUAGUUUUGACUGAUCUGGUAUUUUAAAAGUGGUGGUUGAAGAAAUGUUCUAUGGUGCAGUUGUAUGGGAUCCCUGGCUAAUCGUUGCCCAAAUUGUUUGUCUUCAAUGCCUAUACUAUACCAGUCUUGGUGUAUUUUUAUCCAUUUUCGUUGGCACUCGGGCAUCGCGGAUGAGUCUUGUGUAUUUCUUUGACUUUGCUACCAUCACUGCCUCUACGGUCACCGGUUGGUGUGUCAUUGCUUCGAUUCUGCUGGCCUCGGUUGCUGGGGCUGGAUAUAUGCUUUAUAUAGUUGAGAGGGCAAAGAAGUGCUUAGAUUUUUCAGCAACUCUGUACAUCAUCCAUCUUUUUAUAUGCAUCACAUAUGGGGGUUGGCCCUCCUCAAUCACGUGGUGGGUUGUUAAUGGCACUGGACUUGCAGUGAUGGCUUUGCUAGGUGAAUAUCUAUGCAUUAGACGUGAACUGCGAGAGAUUCCUAUAACACGCUACAGAGCAAAUGUUUAAAUCACAAGGACAACUCAAUAGGCAGAACAAUUUUCUUCUGGGAUUGCAGCAUCAGUUUCUUCACUGCUUUUGAAGGAGCAAAGCUCAUUAGAUACCAAUCUAAUCUGUGACAAAAAAAAAAAUUGUUUUAAACCUGUGAUUAUAUUUCUAUGCAUGUGGGGAUGAGGGAGAGCAAUAGAAGAAGUUUGAGUUGGUGCUCAUUUGAUGGAUUGAUAGACCACGUCAGACUUGGUAUGUAUUGUGUUAGGAAACUGGUAAUGUACAAUUAUAGGUGAUUUUGAGAAAGAUGAUGUGUUUCUCAUACUGUUUUCUUGUUUACAGUAAUUUGUGUAGUUGAUUAGUUUUUUUCUUAUUUUUUUGAUAAUAUCAAUGUUGAGUUUCCCAUUAUGUGAAUGAAUGGGGCACUUUUGCUAUUUUUCUAAGGAGAAUAUA